CUCAUCUCACCUCUCUUCUUAAUUCUUUUCUCAUCUUUAUCUCUUUAAUCCUGUGUUGAUUAUGGAUUGGCUGUUAUCAUUUGGUAUCAGAGUUUCAAUUCCUCGACCCGUGGCCAUGGGAUUGGAUCAAGCGGUAAGCGGCUUGUUCUACUUGAUGUAUGUAGCAACUUUCGUUGAAAAGCUCACCACCAUUACUAGGUUGUUCAGUAAGGAACACGGUGUGGCAACACAAUCUCUCUUUGAUCUGUCCUUUUGCUUCAAGCUUGGUUUCAUGGCUGCCAAUCUUGCGAUUCUGGAAGCCACUCUCGACGGCCAGUCCAACUCUAACAAAUUUCAUGUAAUCAAUUUUGCGAUCGGCGAUAUAGCGCAGUACCAGCAUCUCGUUUACAGACUGACUCAGAGCGGGAAGCCGACCAUGUUCAACGUCGUGGUGAGUCCAAAACUCUGCGAUCUAUCUAGCGAAUCGCUAGGUUGCGAACCGGACGAGACACGCGCCGUGAAUUUCGCAUUCAAGUUGUUCCAAAUGCCUAACGAGACCGUGUCGAUUGAGAAUCCCAGAGACGAGCUUCUCCGGCACGUGAAGAGACUGCUGCCGAGGGUAGUCACAUUGGUGGAGCAAGAAAUGAACACCAACACCGCGCCGUUCGUGGCGCGGGUAGGAGAAGCAACAGCGUACUACGCAGCGCUGCUCGAGUCUAUCGACUGGGUCGUGCCGAGGGAUCACCCGGAGCGAGCGAAGGUGGAGGAGGUAGUGAGUCUCAAAAUCGCGAACUCGGUUGCUUGCGAGGGUAGGGAACGCAUUGAGAGAUACGAGGUGUUUGGGAAGUGGAGGGCCCGCAUGGCCACUGCAGGAUUCGACUUGAAGCCACUGAGUCAAAACGUAGCCGAGUCAGUCCGCAACUCCGGCAACCGAGCCCGUCCAGGUUUCACCGUCAAAGAAGAGAACGGAGGAGUUUGUUGUGGGUGGAUGGGCCGAAACCCCACCGUGGCAUCUGCUUGGCGUUAACUUCACCCUCAAAAUAUAAUAAUAAUAAUUAAUUGCUGUAUUUGUAUUUUUAAUCGUUUAAAAAAAAUUAGAAAUGAAAAAGGAUGAGAAGGAAAAGCCCCCAACAACCCAAAUAAUAAAAUGUAGUAGUGCUUGGAUGCUAAGAAAAUUCAGUGCCACAU